GCAGGUCAACGGGAGACUGAAGGUCAAGAAAGCAGCCAUUCAUCCUGAGAGCUGAGACACAAACGAGUGCACCAUGGUCGGUGAACAGCGCUUUGUAAUCAGUGCCCGCAUGAUUGGAGCCGUCCACAGGGACUCACCAAAGCUCAAGAUGUUCAUGAUAUCUGUGUUAUGGUCUGAUGAGACUGAAGUGAUUGUCUACAGGUCCUUCCAGGAUUUCAAGAAAUUUCAUAGGCAGCUGAAAAAGAUGUUCCCUCACAUGAACCCUUUCAAGAAAAGCGACAAAGUGAUCCCAAAAUUCACAGGGCAGGCCAGGAAGAGCAGCCUCCAGCAGAAAGGAUCCAAGCGAUCCGUCAAACGCAUGAAGUUCCUGGACAGCUACUGUGACAAACUACUGAAAUGUGACCAACCUGUGACUCAGAGCUCACAGCUCACACAGUUCUUCAUGCCCAAAGACCAUGACCUGCAGCCAGACUUCACCAAGAACAGCGUGAUGAUCCUGCUGUCUGAUGACCUGCCUGAUGGCUCAGGUGGAGGAGGUGGUGAUGGGACUCGCCAGCAUGCAGGCAACGUCACUCACCCGUUUGUCACCCAGACCUACCGCUGUGUGGCUGCUUACGAGACAAAGGACACCAAGAAUCGUCCAUUUAAGGUGGCUGUGGACGAGAAGCUGGAUGUCCUGAUCAAAGACCCUGCAGGUUGGUGGCUGGUGGAGAACGAGGAUAAGCGUUUGGCUUGGUUUCCUGCUCCCUACCUGGAGCUGUGGGACACAGAGGAUGAUGAUGGCGAUGAUGGAUUCCAGCUUGCAGGUGCCCUGUACUGUGCCGUGAGGAGUUACAACACCAAGAAGGAUGACGAGGUGUCUGUGCCCAUUGGCUCUGUGGUGGAGGUGCUGAGGAAGUCUGACGACGGCUGGUGGUUCAUCAGAUUCAAUGGCAAAGCAGGUUACGUGCCCUCCAUGAACCUGCAGCCAUACAACAACCCACGGGCCGGCCUUUACAGUCUGCACAAGCUGCACAGCUCCACUCUGAACCUGGCAACUCAGGCUCCUCAUCGACCCAGCAACAACGAAGACAGCCCACAGCGGGAUUCAGCAAGUUGGUCCAGAGGUGAGCCCAGUGUGCCCGGGCGUCUCCACAAGGCCCGAUCUCUGGAUGUCCUCUCUGAGACCUGGACGCAAACACAGAUGGAGAGGGAUGCCCCCACCUCAGACAGCACAAGCACCGAGAUGAGCUUCUCCAGCUCCUCCUCAAGCAGCGAAUCAUCCUCAAGUGUAAGAGAGAGCCGUUCAGGCAGUCCUGCAGCCUCAUUCCAGGCCAGUGUCAGCAACAGCGGGAGAAGCAGCCCUGAUCUCAGCCUCUCUGACCGCCGCGGCUCCAACACCAGCUCUGACACCUCUGUAUCUGUCAGCUCCAAAGGCAGUGAGACGGCUUCAAUCGCUCCCAGGAUGCCACCCAGACCCAAAACCGAGGAGAUCCUGACCCGCUGCACCACCAUGACCCGCAAGGCAGCCCUGGCCACCAAGACCCGGCUUCAGAUUCAGCCAGAGUCCAUCCACAGCCGCUAGGCCAUCACAAGCCU